GUGCCCGCCCCGGGGCCGCGGCCAUGCGGGCGGCGGGUCCGGCCCCGGCCGGUGCCUCGGCUGCCGUGGCCGCCCGCCCUCCGCGGGGCCAGCGGGGCCGACGCCGGGUGCGGGCGUCCUUCGUGGACGAGUCUCUGUUCGGCCGGCCCGCGGGGGCCCGCCCGCCGCCGCCUGCCUUCCCGCCGCCCUGGGCGGCUCCGGCGGCUCCCGCAGCCGGCGGCUCCCAGCCCGGCAGCCAGUGCAGCCCGUGUUUCUCCGCUUGUCGUCCUCCAAGGUCCCGAAGCCACGCUCCGUCCUUCUGUGACGAGUCCCUGUUUGGUGCCAAGCCGCAGGGUCCCGCCUGGGCAGCUCCGCGCAUGAGGAAAGAAGACGUAGCCAAACUCCAUUCGCUGCUCUGGAGCCCCCCGCCUGCCCCCCAGAGCCAGCCCGGCCUUUCCCCGCACUGCAGGGGGACGCCCCUGCGAGCCGUCCACAUGCCGGCCUCCGCGCCUCCGGCCGCAUCCGAGCCCGGCCGCCAGGAGAAACUGUGUGCCUGGAGGCAUCCCAGGGGCGAUGCUCGCCCCAAAGGCUGGGGUGCUCCCGGCAGAGGACGUUCCCAGUCUGUCAGCCGGCUGAGCGCCCCCCCGGACCGAAUUCACCUUUCUUCCAACCUCAGCACAGAAAGGUGGAAGAACCAGAGUGCUCCAACAACCCCCGCUGCCCCCCAGGGCCCUCUGGUGAGGGGUCGGUGCAACAGCGUGUCCGGAUCUCCUGUGCCCAAGAAUGCCAAGGCAGCAGGUGGCUGCACAGCCAGAGCCUCCUGGCAGUGAUGCCAAGUGUCCCUCUGGAUGUACAUACAGCCUUAGUCUCCCCGAGGCCAAGCCCACGAGGACCCUGGGCCUUUCUGUGGCUGAAAAUGAAGGAUGGGGCUGUUCCAUGCUGGAAGACAAGCCAGGAGCCAGAGGUGACCACAGUGCUGGGAGGAGUGUCCUCCUGGUUCAGGGCACACCACCCACAGCACCAGAGUGGGAGAGCCUUGGUGGGAACAGCUGCUUCCCGUGGCGUCCAGGGGUGUCAGAGGAGGUUCCUGCUGUCUGGGAAAUCCAGCCGGGAGGUUGGAGCAGCAGGAGAGAGGAGUGCCCCCAGUGCAGUCCAGGGCACAUUCAGGAACAGGUAUUGAGAGGCUGCUGAGGCCCUCCCAAAGAUUCCGUUCUCCAGGAAAUGAGCUCUAUUCCCUCUGCCUCUAUGCACAGGAUGUGCCUUGGUGUCUCCCUGCUGUCCUUGCUUUGUGCCACCUACACCUUAUGGACUCCUCUGAGGAGGACAAGGGAGGACGAGCACAGAAGUGAGGAAAGCACUGCCCUGCACCCUGCUGGCAGCGGGAUGAUCCCAGGCUAGAUGGGGUUUGUGACACAGAAGGAUCUGCCCAGGGAAUUGGGCAGCUCGUGGUGACGAGGAGGUGCUGAGUAAAUCCGUAACUGGGUGGCUGAAGGUUGUGAGGUGCUCCCAGCAGUGCCACAGUGUCACCGACUGCUCCAAGACAAAUCCGGGAUCUGUGGGAUGCUGCUGAGUGAUUUGGGCACCUCCAAAGCUCCUCCACUUCCUUUGCUGAGGUGGGAAAGAGCAGCUGUGUGUGCAUGGAGGGUGCAUGGAGGUGGAAAAGGGACAUGGAGUGAGUGAUGUGGGGUUUGCAGUCACUGCUCCCUGGGGAGGGAGGCUGCGCUGAGGAGCUGCUGAGGUUACUGGCAGUUUGAUAACUUCCAUGCCGAGGGAAAUGCUCACAUUGACCCAGGGACACACCAAGCCAGGUUGAGAGCAUCAUUGUGCCCCCAGAAAUGAUUUUUAUUGCACCUUGAGCAGCAGCAGGAUCAGCAGGUGGAGCUGGAGCCAGCCAGGAGCCUGCCCUGAGGGGAAUUUCUGCUCAUUUCUGGGCCUGAUAGACAGCAAGAAUAACCUGACGGUAUUAAAACCUGAGAAGGUGAGUGAGGAUCCUUGUGAUUCACUCCAAGCUCUUGGAUCUCUCCCUGUGCUUCCCACUGAGGCAAUCCAGCUGCUCUUCUCCAGCUGGGGUAAAAUUGGAGGGAUGAGAAACAACUGUGGCCUUCUCAGAGGUUGGCAGUGCUGGUGUCAAUCCCAGCCUGAUCAGCUGUGUUUGUGGGCACAGUGACAAGCGUGCAAGCUGUGAAGGCUGCAGGUCUCACUGGGCUGGAAGAGAGUCUAGAUGUGAUUUGGACACUAGAUGGAGACAAGAGGGUUGAGGAUUGACGCGGGAGCAGGAACGCUGUUCCAGCAGCAGGUGGGAGAUCCGGUGAGGCGAGUCAGCAAACUGGGGGAAUUGCCCUGGAAUCUAAGCAGCAGAGAACUGAACCAGCACAAUCUUGGAGAGCUGGAGUCCUUGAAAGAGGAAGCCUCUUAAAAUAAGGAGAGAUUUCGUCUGAAAAUCAAGUUAACAGUGGCCUGUGUGGCCAGGAUUGGCCACUUUAUCCCCACUGCUGUGCUCAGGGUCUGAGGAAUCAGUGGGGGAAACUAGAGCCCAUCUCAUCAGCCACACUUUCCUGUCCCACACUGGCCCAGGUUGUCGCCAAGGCCUGCCAGGAGGUCAGAACAGGCAUUUCCUUGCUGUUUACACAUGAGGACAAUGUUGGUUAAGUAUAAAUGGGUUUUUUGCAUUUGUUCCAUGAUUCUCUCUCACAUUGGUGCUUUACUGUUGCCCCGUCCUCUUGUUCUGCCAGAGCUGUGCAGCCCAGCACAAGAGCAAAAGCUGCUCUGUUACUGCUGGAGCUGGUGCUCAUGUGGAAAAAACCCACAUUAAAUCUGAAUGAAAUGAGGAGGAGGAAAUGUUCAGUUGUUUCCACCCUGCAGAUCCAGCCUGUCACUGGUGCUCAGCUCAGGCCAGAGUUGUUGAUGCAGAGGCCUGAACCCAGCUGGGGAUCCUCCCUGCUGCUGCUCUCAUUUUUCUGCCUGCUCAGCACUGACAUAAAUCUCACUCUCCA